AUGUCUGUUGAUAAUGGUAGUCUACAAGAAAAAAUCAAACUGAAUAAAAAUAAAAUUUCUGAAUUGCUGGUAUUUAAUCAGAGGUUAAGAAAUUUGGGGGAAGAUGCUUUGAAGGCUCUGCUUGAUACUCAGAACCUUCUAAGAGCUCAAAUUACAAAUUUUACUUUCAAUCUGGGAUUUUCAGGGAAAUUUUACCACACAGGCACUGUAGAAGAAGAUGAAGGAGAUGAUUUAUUGUUGGGGUCUGUUGAUGAAUUCUGGUGGUUUCCUCAUAUGUGGAGUCACAUGCAACCUCAUCUGUUCCAUAAUGAAUCUUCACUAGUGGAGCAAAUGAUUCUCAACAAAAAAUUUGCCUUAGAACAUGGCAUCCCAACUGAUCUGGGAUAUGCUGUGGCUCCACACCAUUCCGGCGUCUAUCCUGUUCAUGUUCAACUUUAUGAUGCCUGGAAAAAAGUUUGGAAUAUCAAAAUCACCAGUACAGAAGAAUAUCCACAUCUAAAACCUGCACGGUACAGAAGAGGUUUCAUUCACAAAAGCAUCAUGGUUCUUCCUCGACAAACCUGUGGCCUUUUUACUCAUACAAUUUUCUACAAGGAGUAUCCUGGUGGUCCAAAAGAACUAAACAAAAGUAUACAGGGCGGAGAAUUAUUUUUCACAGUAGUUCUCAAUCCAAUCAGUAUUUUUAUGACUCACCUGUCUAAUUAUGGCAAUGAUCGAUUGGGUUUGUACACCUUUGUCAAUCUGGCCAAUUUUGUUCAAAGCUGGACCAACCUAAAGCUGCAGACUCUACCUCCAUUUCAAUUGGCUCACAAAUACUUUGAACUCUUUCCAGAGCAAAAGGACCCACUCUGGCAGAAUCCUUGUGAUGACAAACGACAUAGAGAUAUCUGGUCUAAAGAAAAAACUUGUGAUCGUUUACCAAAAUUCCUGGUUAUUGGACCACAAAAAACUGGCACAACGGCGUUAUAUUUGUUCCUGAUUAUGCAUCCUUCCAUCAUUAGUAACUCCCCCAGCCCCAAAACCUUUGAGGAGGUACAGUUCUUUAAUAGAAAUAACUACCACAGGGGGAUUGAUUGGUAUAUGGAAUUUUUUCCUACACCAUCCAAUGUAACCACUGAUUUUCUCUUUGAGAAGAGUGCUAAUUAUUUUCAUUCUGAAGAAGCCCCUAAACGAGCUGCUUCUUUAAUUCCUAAGGCAAAAAUCAUAACUAUUCUCAUUGAUCCAUCAGAUCGAGCAUAUUCCUGGUACCAGCACCAAAGAUUUCAUAAAGACCCAGCCGCUCUAAAAUUUUCAUUUUAUCAAGUGAUCACGGCAGGACAUCAUGCUUCACCAGAACUUAAGAUCCUGCAGAAGAAAUGUCUGAUACCAGGAUGGUUUGCCAUUCACAUAGAAAGAUGGUUAACUUAUUUUCCAUCUUAUCAGUUACUAAUUAUUGAUGGACAGCAGUUGAGAAAUGACCCAGCUAUAGUAAUGGAAGAAGUGCAGAGGUUUCUGGGAGUUACUCCUCAUUAUAAUUAUUCAGAAGCUUUAACGUUUGACUCACACAAAGGUUUUUGGUGUCAACUUCUGGAAGAAGGAAAAACAAAAUGUCUUGGAAAGAGCAAAGGGAGAAAAUACCCUCCAAUGGACUCUGAGUGCAGGGUUUUUCUGUCAAGCUACUACAGAGAUCACAAUGUGGAACUAUCAAAGCUUCUACACAAAUUGGGACAACCACUACCAUCGUGGCUGAGACAGGAGUUGCAAAAAGUGAGAUAG